UAGUGAUACAGGUAAGUGACUAGACUAGCCUAUACAAGACUUGCUAUUUCUAAGGAACCAGCCCAACCCUAAAGAUUAGAGAUUUGUUUAUAUGACGUCUAUUGUUCCAUAAUCUGUUAAAAAUAAUCAUAAAUGAAGUUCAAAUAGUCCAUUAAUACACGGUAUCAACGCUGCUGAGUUCUAUCUGCUGAUCACAUUUUGAGAUUCUUUUCAAAAAUUGCAAAUUUACAGCUUAUAAAAUCCACCACAAUGAAUCAUUUUUUACAUUAGUGCAAAAUCAGCAAAGCAGUAGAGAAGAAAAAAUGAGUAAAGAUGACUUUGAUAUUUACACCCAUUUGAGGAAGGAUUCAAAGAGAGCUGCCUUAAAUUUAAUAAAUGGGUUGGAAAAUCGGAGAUAUGGAUAUUUAUUUGGAUGCAGGAAAAGUAAGGAGGACUUGGACAUUUAUGCUGAGGAGGAAUUUAUCAGGAAGAAAGAUUAUGAGGAACUGCGAUGUGAAAUGCCAGGUGUACCCAGAUCCACCUUUUUAAUGGUCUUCAGUCCAGAUGGAUCAAAGGUAGCAUCCACACAUGGCAACCAUAACAUAUACAUAACUGACAUAAAAAGUGGUAAAAACAUAAAAACACUUGUUGGCCACCCUAGGACACCCUGGUGCAUAGCUUUUCAUCCUACUUCUGAUCAGAUUGUGGCAUCAGGAUGCUUAGGGGGACAAGUUAGGAUUUGGGAUCUUAGUGGUGGCAGUGAGGUUUGGACUGCUGCACAUCAAACUGUAAUAGCUUCACUAGCUUUUCAUCCUAAUGAUCGAGUGUUAGUGAUUGCAACCUAUAAUGAAGUUUACUUUUGGGAUUGGAGUCAGCCUGAGCCCUUUGUUCAUGCUGCUACAAGCAAUCCCAAAGAAAAGGUGAGAUAUGUAGCAUUCGAUAACCUAGGCCAUAAACUAAUAACAGGCAUAGCAAACAGUCCACAAACAAGAUGGGAACGAGUUAGAGCUCCAGUUCCAGUCCCAAGACAAGCAAUGUGUUCAAAUCCAUACAGGAGGAGGAUAACUCAAAGGCUUGCUAAUCCACCUGGCACUUCACAUUCACCUUCAGAUUCUCGAUUCAACAAUAGAGAAGGUAGUAUAGACCUUGUACCAAAUAUCCCUUUACGAGAAAGAAGGAUCACAGCAUGUUAUAGAAACUUAGUUCGGGAAUAUGAACAACUAGUGCAAAGAUACUUACAGUUGUACAGGCCUCCAACAAUGAUCGACAGAGGAACCGACCCAAUGGAACCAAAUCCUUGGUUCAACAAUAGUGGUACCCAAACCUCUAAUGAUCAGACUGAAUCUAGUGAUGGAAGUACCCCAGGACCAAGUACAGUGAAUACAGAAGUGAAUACAACUAUCAGAAAUAAUCCUGAGCCUGGUCCUAGUACGUCUGCUAAAGCUGAAGGAAAUGGUACAGAACAACCAUCAACCUCAGAUUCGACUACAGAAACCCACACUCUGAUAACACCCAGCAGAAUUUUCAACACUAUGAAAAAACCAGAAACUUCUUUCCGAGGCACUCAAACGGUCGAGUCUAGGAAACACAAAGCUGAUGCUGCAUCAGGAGAACCAUGUCAAGAAAAGAGGUUCAAAAAGAGCGACAAGAGGCCCCUAAAAAGAUCGGCUAAUAGAGCAACAAGUGAGACAGCGGGAACGAGUACAGAAGGUCAAAAUCAGGAGCAAAGAGGUUCAGAAGUGCAAAGUCAAGAGCAAAGGAGUAGAGAGGGUCAACAAGAGCAAAGAAGGGAUGAAAAAGCAUUGAGGGUUGAGUUGGAGCAACUGAAUAGCCCUGUUGAGGUGUCUAUUGGUCCAGAAUCGACGGCUAGUGUCAGUGAUACAUCAGAGUUUAGGAUACGAUCGAGGGUGGAAGAGGAAGCAAUGAGCAAUAUGAGUAGUGAUCAAGCUUUAGCUGAAUCGAACAAUACAGAUCCAGAAGUCGAGACGACCCAUCCAAUGGCCUCCGAAAUUAGACAGUCGACAGCCCCACUUUCUAAUAGCCAAAAUUUGGAUGGUCCGAGUACUAGUAUUAGUUCAGAUAGCAGUAGGAAUCCAACCAUCAAUGGAGUCGAAGAAUUGUUGUUGAAUAUAAGGAGGACAGCAGAAGAGGAAGUUAGAAAUAGAAUAUUGCCGAUAAUCAAUUCUGUACCGGCUAAUGAUAGGCCAGAACUGAUUAGGUUAUUUGAAAAUGGAAGAGAGCAUGUUAGAAAAAGGGUUAGACAAAUGUAUCCUGUCUUUCUGAGAAGGCCUAACAGAAGACAUCUAAAUAUAAUUGAUUCGUCAGAAAGUAGUACUUCGGAUGAGGAUAAUUCAAAUUCCGACAGCCGUCUUUCAAGAUGCAACCUAGAAGGCCCCUCGCACGUGACGUCUCAGACUUCCGUUACGACAAAUAGUACGACCAGUAUUAGCGGUGCUAGUAGUAGUACGCCUAGUGUUACAUCCAGUAGUUCAGUGAGGAAUUUCAACACGGAACUGGAACAGCUAGUCACUUCUUUAUUGACUGAAAUUGAAAGGGAUGAUGAUAGAUCGCCACGAAGCGGCACGUUACCUUCAGCAUCUCUCAUCACUAACACUAGUACACCAUCUACCCCUACAACAACCCCCACACCUCUGCUUCCAAACCCUUUCAGCCCAUCAAGUUCGCAACUGGGUGAGGCGUCAACCGCGUCAACUCCAAGUAAUCGCCCAUUCUCAAGUUUAUUGUUCCAAGAGUGCCUUCGAGUGUUGAAUUCUAGGGACGAUACUCCGCCUACUAGUACAGCCAGCAGCUGCCGCGAUUGACGAGAUGUGUGAUCACCGCUUGGGCAUAGUUUACUGUCUUCAAAACACAGUGCUGUACCUUGAAUAGCAAGAAGCGCCCUAGCGCCCAUGUUGUUCAGAGAAGGCAUGCUCGAUUGAUAAAUGACACUUCUCUAACGGAUACUUUCAGUACCUUUUCACGCCGUCGGGCGGUCGGCGAUCUUGGUCUCUUCUACUACUAUGUCUAUAGGCUUCUCAGAGCUUUCCUCUAUGAUGCUGUCGCGCGUUGACCCUGCUAGGCAGACCCGUGUGGAUUCUGCCUCCUAUAAUUAAUUCUCGAACAGCCUGCCUGGGGAGGUUUUCCUAGUACUGUUUAAAAAGUAUUUAGUACCAUAUCUGCUGGUUCAACGCCAAUCACUUCAAGUACUGCACAAGAUGUAGACAACAGAGCUUCUUCUGCGGAAGCACCACCAGCUACUGGCGUUAAUACAAACACCAGAACUACCAAUUCUACCAUUUAUACGUCCAUCUCCUUGCCCAGACGUAGGUUCUUCUCACAUAGGAUAUCAGCAUUCAUGCCUACCAGGGUUGACUAUCACAGGUUGGCACGACUGAGGCGUAGUCCUCAUAUCUCAGGAGGAAGAGCAAGACCAAGCCCGUUUUUCCACUGGCAGUCUGCACUUGAUGAAAUCAUCAACUAUGCUGAAAGGGAGAACUCAGAGGAUGAUCCGCCGCCACCUACAACUCCACCUUUGCAUCCUCCUUCUCAUGAAUCAAGUUUUAGCUCCCUGGACCCUCUUCCGGAUCCACCGAGAACAGACCACGUGAGCAACAUCUAUUCAAACAUUCUUCAUGACAUAGAGUUCAGCUUGGACGAUGUACUCAGUAUGAGGGCCAGUGAUAUACUGGGCAUCAACAAUACGCAUAUGAGGAGUUUUUCGGAAAGACUGGACAGCAUUGUUAACCAGUCGGAUCAAAUUUUGAGGAAUGUGGCCAAUUCUAUGGAGAUGAUGAGCAAUGCUGAGGAGCCUAGUCCCAACAGAUCUCAGGGUGCAGAUCCGGCAUGGAGUACAGUCUACGACAACAAUUUUUUCAUGAGAGAACGAUCAGAAAGUUCCAAUCUAGAUCUAGAAUCUAGAAAUGACACAAUUAACUUGAGCCACUUAUUUCACACACCGAUUUCAACAGCCAUAGCAACUGAUCACACUUAUCCGAGGAAUCCAGACUCUGCCUCAGCUGGUCAAAGCGAGGAUAUGACACCGAUUAUGAGUCUCAUACACAUGACCAUAUCGCACAUCCAAAGGCAAGCACAGCAAGUGAGGCAAAGAGUCGAGGUGCUAGAAAGAAUAGAUAGAGCUAACAUUGAAAUUUCUCAGUUGCAAUUGAUACGUCAACUGUUGAUUGAACUGACCAGAUAUGUGAGAUCAGGUGAUGUGCGAAAUCGGUCUACAGGUGGCAUGUCAAGUGUGAGGCAAAUGAUGGCUGGCACAAGGAUAAGUGAUUCUAGUCCUCAAGAAUCUACGAGUGAAGAAUCACCAAGUACCACAACACCACCUGUUGUACCUCCUAGUAGUUCCAGUAGUAGUAAUGUUCCUACGAGUAGUACUGAAGAGCCUAGUACUUCAUCAGGGCAAGCUAGAUCGAGGGCGUCGAGCAGAAAGACUUACCCACCUUCAAGGCUGUAUAGACUUUCAGCGAGACCCUACCGCAAGCACUCGAUGUACCAAUUCAUCGGCAGACGGUAUCUGAAUCGCGGUGGCGCAGGUAGCGCCAGACAGGGCAGCGCCAGGACAACUGCUGCAGGGGGCCUUCUGCCAUUAGGCAUUUCUCAUGAACAGUACCUGCCUUCUGAGGGGAGUAGUACCAGGCCACUACCGGCACCGCCCAGGCCGCCAUCAGCGUUGCCGCUCACCGCCAACACGCUCUCUAUGACGACGAGGAGGCUGGAACGACGUCUUGUUGAACAGAUGAGGGUGUUUAUGUCGAUGCAACCACAAUCCCAGAACACACAAAAUCGGAGAGUUGAUCUAGGGGAACACAUAUUAAUGCUCAGGUUACAUGGGUGUGUCUUACGAAUGAAUAGAAUAUUAGGUCAUAAUCCGGUGUCCAAUGUCCUGGGCAACAUAAGGGCUGAUCCAACAGCUGCAGUGACUCGAGACGGGGUCGCUAGGUUUGGACCACGUCAUAACCUUAGCCUGUUGAUAGACGAUAUCAGUAGGAACGUUGAAGGAGGACCAGGAAAUCUACAUUUUCUUUUAAGAUGUCAGAUACUUAGAGUUCUAGGCAUAGGUAUCCUUCUUACCGAACUCAUGCUCCUGGUCGUCGUCGACAACAUCCAACACACUGUCGCUUCUGAAAUCUCCGAUGGCAAUAAUCUUUCUCUUGACCUAUCCCCUACCCCUCCGCCCCUAAUGUCCCUCCUACGUUUCUCCACGGCCCCUACAACCUCAAUUGUUUCCCAAAACCAUGCCAGACAGCUGAGCAGGAGUUUGAGGCUUAUGCGGAGGACCGUACAUCACGCGCAAAGUGUCCUGGAGCAGAGUUACAGCACCAGGGUUAUGGCUUUUAUGCCAUAUAAUAGGAGCGAUAGGAGGAGGCAGUUGUUGAUUUGUAUUAAUAGAUGUCUAAAAGCACUGAGGCAGAGGAGUGCCUCGAAUCCGGCUGAGGAGAGUUCCAGUAGCAGUAGUAGGACCAAUGCUGUAGAUGGUGAGAGUUCUAGUCAAUUCUCGGAUGGAGAUUGGUAUACAGUAGUGAACGAUAUAGUCAAUCAGACUGCUGCGUACACUGAUGAUACUCAACAACCUUCUACGUCGUCAGGUUCUAGGGAACACCGCAUCCCUCCAGAACGAGCCUCUCAGGAUCGACCAACUCCUUCUCCAGAAAGGCCCUCUACAGAAAGACCAUCUUCAUCAGACAGAGGUCCCCCAUCAACAGCAAUGCGUCUUCUUCGUCGUAUUUUCAGGCCGACGAGUCCUGAAGGAAGACCAAGGAGUCCCGAUAUGGAAGCAGGGACGACGAGUAACAAUGCGGGGGAGGGGAGAAGUGGUACUGGUGCGAACGGCAGUACGGAUUGGUACCAUUCGUUUACUAAUUUGAUGAAUGGGUAUUCGGUACCGAGUCAGGAUGAGGAAGUUAGUAGGCCGAAUGCCACUCCGUCGAGUUCCUUUAGGGAUAGGCCAUACCGGUUUUCAAGACUACCAACAAUCAACUUGGACUACUCAGAUCCAGAUGACGAUGAAACCUAUAACAAUAACAACUAUGCCACUCAAAAUGGUAACCUGUUUAGAAACAACCCUACUUCUUCUGGACCAGGAGGGGAUAAUGCAGGUGGAAGCAGUAGUAACACUAGGUCAUAUACAGUACCUGCGGUACAGGUAAAUGAUGUCCCGGUGUCAGAACCAACCCUAGUAAGCCAUCGCGUCCUGGGCCAACGUCAACGCCAAUCUGAGGUCCUGCACAACUACCCUAUAGGGUUGUUCAGGCCACGUUUUCUGCAUCCCCUGUAUGCCAGUGUAAACCCUUUUGACGCAGAUUUGGAUGACCCGCAAAGGGAACAAAUCUAUGAGAGCGAUAUGGUGACCACUGUUACGCCAAACCAUAGGAUACAAGCGUGGGAUGUGUCUAACUGGGAAGUACCCGUAAUCACUAACACUCUGAAGAACGUAGUGGUAGGUGAAUGUAAGAUACAUAACGACGCCAGUGUCGAUAUAGCCAAAGAUGGAACAGUAUUAGUUACUUUGUUGCCUUCGGGAGGGUAUCUGAAUGUUACUAAUAGGCUCGGUGUCUACAGCUUGAGAUGGGAAACCCUCGGCCAAUGCUUGUAUACAACAAGUUUUGAGCAAAACGCGGUCUCUGUCUCACUGUCACCCUUAAGUAGACAUCUAGUGGUAGGUCUUGCCUCACGUAUAGUGCCGAGCGACCGUUGGAUUAUGGCUAGAAUUUUCAAAAUAGAGCAGAAGGACGUCCCAGGGGAUAGAUUGCCGGUUUUGAGGGAGCUACAGCAGAAUAGAGAUAGCAGGAUCAACUGUAUACGAUGGUUGCCUACAUCUGGACAGGGCUUGAUUUAUGCUACGAAUACGGGACAGUUAGUGAUGAUGUCUUAAGAUGCUCUGUAAAAGAAAUGAAAGAGAUGUUUCUGCCUUCCUGGAGUAAAGAAAAAACUGUUUAUCGAUUAUUUUAUUCUAUUGGACGGUGUAAGGUUAGUCAAUGAGUAUUAUGUUAUCCCUUAAACUGAUGGUACAAAACAUGGAAAAUGGAUUCCAGUCGAUUUGUCUAAAAAUUUAGUACAUUUCCGGCAUUCCCGAAUAAAAGUUUUCAAAGCAAUCCUUAGAUUAGUUUUUAGGUGAUGCAUUUUACAGGAUUGCAAAAAUGGCGAAUGUGUACAUAAAAUAGAUUUUUAAAUUCCUUGAGAAAACCAUUCAAAUGCAGCAUGUAGCAAAUCUAGGAGAUAUUUAUAGAAUAGCUGGUGCUAUUGUUAAUAGAUAGCUUCAAUCCGAUUGUUUGGGAACUGUCAAUCUUGCAUUAGCGCUUCAUCUGUUAGUAACGGCGUAAGAGCCAAACGUCGUAUUUGAAUUAGAUGGGAAUAGAAGUAUACAUGAAAUUUAGUCACAUUUCAGAAACCCAAUGAAGUGCCGUUUAUGGGUAUCUUAUCGACAAGCUUAUGAAAAUAGCGAGCAUUUGGCUGCUGAUUACGCAAUACUUAAUGGCCAUUAUUGCAGACGUAAAUCUGGCAUCUAGACCCUAGGAACAUUUGUUUUUUUAUAUGCUCUCCACAAAAUUGGAGUUCGUUAUCCUUCGAAAAAGUUGACACACGCCGUUCGAUAUGACGGAAGCAGACCAAACUAAAAAUACUAGUCAAUAAAUGCAAUACCAUAAAGAUAUGUUCACAUUAGUGCGAUUUUUCUUUCGCUUUUGCCUUCAAAAUCAACAUGAUCUUAAAUUGACCUUGUAAGGAUCAUGGCCAUGAUCAACAUCACACCUGUCAACACCUUUCUGAAAGUUGUUUAAACGAAAUACUUCAAUAUAACAGUACAUAUUUGGUUUGAGAACUACGAUCGGCACAUUCACCAGUUUUGUAAAUUGGACAAACUUCCUCGCCCUAUGUCGCGGAAACUAAUCAAUCCUAUUGCUUUGGUUUGGUCCCAUGAAAACUACCAACCAAAUAUGUAUAUAUAUAUAUAUAUAUAUAUACUGAAUUUUUAGUGAAAUCGACAUUUACCAUGUUUUGUGCGGAGUCCUUUAUGACUUUUUGUAUAAUGUUAGAAUUGGGUUUUCAAUAGUUUUGAAAUUGUACUGAGUAAGCACUGUCUCCAUACAAACUUUAAAACAGAAUAUACUACUGUUUGAGGCGAAAUAUGUGAAAAAAUAUUGUAUAUUGUAAUUACAAUUUGAAUAUAGAUAGGAUGAGUUUUCACUUCAGUUAUAUAUACUCAUUUGUAUAAUUAUAACAACAUCAUAUUAAGGACUGUAUCGCUGAAUGAUUGCUAACAUGGUAGACUGGAUGAAAAUUUAGAUAAUAUAACAUAUAAAAUAUUUUCAUGAUGUGAAGAAAGUCUGUCCUGUCAUGGGUCUGAAUAUUGUAAAUUGAGGAUGGAAUGUUGCAGCAUUUUCGGUCAGCCAUUGUUUUAAUAUUCCCCUAAAAAUAUUUGUAAAUUUAGGUUUAGUGGAACAUCACUGAAGGUUUGCAGAAGUUUUAGUUUUGGAGUAAACAUAUAUAUACCGUGAGUUCUUAAUGUUAGCUCGGUCGAUAACUCCGUUAUUACGCAUGGUAUCUAAAAAGUGUAUGAUGGAAAAUUAUUUUAUUUCUACGUGGUGACCCAAACAUACAUUUUUUCAACGGGAAGCCCUACGUUUUAUUGCACAUUCGGAUAGGCCUUCUCAAGCGAAGCAAUUUGUUAUAAUAUAGGGUUUUAUUUUGAAAUUGUUGAGAUUGGAGAAUCUAUCGAAAAAAUUACACACAACUUUGACAACUCACAUCAUCGCAAAUAUUAUAGCU